AUGACGGGGGACACAGAUCCCUGUAGUGCUACCGGGUCCAGCAUCAAGAUCCGUCUGACAGUAUUAUGUGCCAAGAACCUCGCAAAGAAAGACUUCUUCCGGCUCCCUGACCCCUUCGCCAAGGUGGUGGUGGACGGCUCGGGGCAGUGCCACUCCACAGACACCGUGAAGAGCACGCUGGACCCCAAGUGGAACCAGCACUAUGACCUCUACAUCGGGAAGACGGACUCCAUCACCAUCAGUGUGUGGAACCACAAGAAGAUCCACAAGCGGCAGGGGGCCGGCUUCCUGGGCUGCAUCCGCCUGCUGUCCAACGCCAUCAGCCGGCUAAAAGACACGGGCUACCAGCGGUUGGACCUGUGUAAGCUGAACCCGUCAGACAGCGAUGCAGUGAGGGGCCAGAUAGUGGUGAGCCUGCAGACGCGGGACCGCAUCGGGAGCGGGGGCCCGGUGGUGGACUGCCGGGGGCUGCUGGAGAACGAAGGGCUGGUGUUUGAGGGCUGCUUCAGCGAGGAGCCGCUGCCCUACUCGGACCCGACGGGCGCGGCCGGGGGCGGGACCUGCCGCCUGGACUCGCCCAGCCAGGAGAACCGGCUCCAGGCGGUCCGGAUCCGAGGCCAGGACUCCAGGGGCCACGGGCAGACCCCCCAGACCCGGCCGCAUGGCCCCCAGUCCCCGGACCUGCCCGAGGGAUACGAACAACGGACCACGGUGCAGGGCCAAGUCUACUUCCUCCACACGCAGACCGGAGUCAGCACCUGGCACGACCCCCGGAUACCCAGGGACCUGACGAGUGUUAGCUGUGAGGAGCUGGGCCCGCUGCCGGUGGGCUGGGAGGUCCGCAGCACCGUGUCGGGACGCAUCUAUUUUGUGGACCACAACAACCGCACAACGCAGUUCACUGACCCCCGCCUGCACACCAUCAUCAGCCAGCACUCCCAGGCCAAGGAGUCGUCGCAGGCGCCCCCGAUGGAGGUGGUGGGGGGGGAGGAGGGCCCGGGGGGCGAGGGGGAGAUGGCGGUGCGCUACGAGCGCGACCUGGUGCACAAGCUGAAGCUGCUCCGCCACGAGCUGAGCCUGCAGCAGCCCCAGGCAGGGCACUGCCGCAUCGAGGUGUCCCGCGACGAGAUCUUUGAGGAGUCGUACCGGCAGAUCAUGAAGAUGAGGCCCAAGGACCUGAAGAAGAGGCUGAUGGUGAAGUUCAGGGGCGAGGAGGGCCUGGACUACGGGGGCGUGGCCAGGGAGUGGCUGUACCUGCUCUGCCACGAGAUGCUGAACCCGUACUACGGCCUCUUCCAGUACUCCACGGACAACAUCUACACCCUGCAGAUCAACCCUGACUCCUCCAUCAACCCUGACCACCUGUCGUACUUCCACUUCGUGGGCCGUGUGAUGGGGCUGGCCGUGUUCCACAGUCACUACAUCAACGGCAGCUUCACUCUGCCCUUCUACAAGCAGCUGCUGGGGAAGCCCAUCCAGCUGGGGGACCUCGAGACCACCGACCCCGAGCUGCACAAGAGCCUGGUCUGGAUCCUGGAGAACGACAUCACGUCGGUGCUGGACCACACCUUCUGCGUGGAGCACAGCGCCUUCGGGAAGUUCCUCCAGCACGAGCUGAAGCCCAACGGCCGCAACAUCGCCGUCACCGAGGACAACAAGAAGGAAUACGUCCGGCUGUACGUGACCUGGCGGUUCAUGCGGGGCAUGGAGGCCCAGUUCCUCGCUCUGCAGAAGGGCUUCGGGGAGCUCAUCCCCCAGCACCUCCUGAAGCCCUUCGACCACAAGGAGCUGGAGCUGAUCAUCGGAGGUCUGGGUAAGAUCGACCUGGCGGACUGGCGGGCCAACACGCGGCUGAAGCACUGCGCGGCCGACAGCCCCGUGGUGCGCUGGUUCUGGCAGGCGGCCGAGGCCUUCAGCGAGGAGCGCCGCGCCCGCCUGCUGCAGUUCGUCACCGGCUCCACCCGGGUCCCCCUGCAGGGGUUCAAGGCCCUCCAGGGUUCUGCAGGACCAAGGCUGUUCACCAUUCACUUAAUAGACGCCAACACGGACAACCUGCCCAAGGCCCACACCUGUUUCAACAGGAUAGACGUGCCACCCUAUGAGUCGUAUGAGAAGCUCUACGAGAAGCUGCUGACCGCCGUGGACGAGACCUGUGGCUUCGCUGUGGAGUAGAGAGGAGAGACCAGCAGGAGGAGAGACCAGCAGGAGGAGAGACCAAGGAAACGUUUCAAUGAAACUCAGAACACAGACUCACCCUGUCACCGAGGCACACCACUUGGCAAUUUUUAUAUAUAUAUACACACACACACACACACACACACACACACACACACACACACACACACACACACACACACACACACACACACACACACACACACACACACACACACACACACACACACACACACACACACACACACACACACACACACACACACAGAGAGAGAGCUCUUGCGUACGGAGCGUUUGUGCCCUCUCCUCGGGCGAUCAGAGCCUGGAGACUCUCGGGGGGGGGGGGCAAAAGAAGAAACAACAAAAGUAUUUUAGAAUUUUCCAGCUGUUUUGAAGAAGCAUUUUUACGAUUCCGUUUUAACGAGCUGUUGAUGUCUUUCUUCGGAGCGCCUGCAGUACCGCGCGACUCACUGGCAGGUCUGUCAAUCAUGCAUCGGCCAAUCGCAUUCAAGCCCACGAACUAUGAGGCGGACAGUUGAGAGGAGAAACCGACGAAGACCAGAGGCGGCGAGGGGUGGUCCCACUCUGACAUCAUGCUUUAUGUUUAACCACUGUCGUUUAUCAGAGAGUGUGUAUGAGUGUGUAUGAGUGUGGUGUGUGUGCGUGCGUGCGUGCGUGUCUGCGUGCGUGUCUGUAUUCCUAGUAUAACGUUGAUCCAAUGAGCCUGCUCCUGUUUUGUUAAAUUUUGUCUUUGUAGUUUUUAUUUUUUUUGCAACCACUCUGAAACACACUCUUGAUGGCAAUCUUUUAAUUUCAGAUUUUUAUUAUUUAUUACGAAGUGAUAACAUGCUGCUAUGUGCUCUUGUGAGAGCCCCCACUAACCUCUUCAUCAGCUCCUUCCCAUCCUAGUGCUCUUCCUCAAGCCACCACCAGGGGUUGCUGGCUCCGCUCACUCCCAGUUCAAACUCCCAGUAUCUCUAGCCACAACCAGUCUGAGUGUUUGAGCGGAAAGCGAACGUUUCCACGCCAGCAUUGGCGCUCCUGUUGGGUUGUUUUGAAACCUUUUUCAACCGAGUGGAAGGCAAGGCCAGCCCCUAUGCUAACGUGUAGCCUGAUCCUAUGCUAACGUGUAGCCUGAUCCGAUGCUAACGUGUAGCCUUAUCCGAUGCUAACGUGUAGCCUUAUCCGUUGCUAUCGUGUAGUCUGGUCCGAUGCUAUCGUGUAGUCUGGUCCGAUGCUAUCGUGUAGUCGGGUCCAACGCUAACGUGUAGCCUGAUCCGACGCUAACGUGUAGCCUGAUCCGAUGCUAACGUGUAGCCUGAUCCGACGCUAACGUGUAGCCUGAUCCGACGCUAACGUGUAGCCUGAUCCGACGCUAACGUGUAGCCUGAUCCGAUGCUAACGUGUAGCCUGAGCUAACCCCUUAUUGUUUUUUUAUAAGAGCUUACCGACGCCCCCCUGUGGAGCUGUGGAGCAGCUGCCCGCCCUGCUGCCGGCCGCCAUAGGAGGCGUGGAUUUUAAUAUGUGUAUGAAAUAUGCAAUAAAAUCUCAAAGGCCUUUCAUUUCUCCACCCUCUUAUUACCAUCAUAUUAUAUUCUUUGUUACUCUAAAGAUUGUUUCUAGACAUUUCUUUUUGUAAUUAUUCGAUACCUUUGGUGGAAGAGGUUCCUCUUGUCGGUCGGUUGAGGAGAAAAAUCAAUGAACAAAAUGGAUGAACAAAAUGGCCGCCCUGGAGACGGAACAAACGUCGACAUGUUGAGCGAAUGCUGUGGAAAUAGUCUGGAUGUUUUUUGAAGAUUGAAAAUGACUUGCAGUACCAUCACAAUCUGCAUUUUCUAGGUUCUGAAUUCAUUGUGUAAUGGAUGCAAGAGUAUUGUAACUUACUAUGUACUAAACAUUUAUGGAAAAUACAAUGUAAAUAAGAUUAUAUUAAAAGAAACUAAAUAGAAAA